AAUCAAACUAAUUGACAAUUUAUAAGCAUUUAGCAUUGAUUAUAAAAUUACAGUCAGACAUGCACUUUUUCUCACAUAUGGAAUGUAUUUGACAUAUUAAUACUAUACAAAAAUUAGAACAUGUGAAGAUGAAAUUAGAGAAGUAUUAUCACAAUAUGUUAUCAAAAGGAAUUGCUUAAUCAAAAAUCCUAAAUCCAUCAAUAAUAUCAAUAAUUAUACAGUAAAUCUUAUGAUGGUAUACUUGACUGUACUUUAGACAAAGGAGAUUGGAUAUUCUCUUUAGAAAAUCCUAAGAUCAAUGAAGUUUUCAACUAAAAACUAUCUUUGAAUU